GGUUGAGGACUCCACAUCACCAAGACUUCUACUACCACAGUUUCAUACUGACCUACAGAGCCUCUGCUGUGACCACCAUCCACACAUCAGACCACCGUCCAGACAGACGGAGACCUCUGAGACUCCGGCAGAAGCAGACAGAGGUUAUAAAACAGCCUUCAUCCAGUGGAGUUGACACAGUAAGGACUGGUGUGUACAGCAGCCAACCCAGAGAUGAGUGUGUCAACGUGUCAGAUGAAGGAACGUUACAACCAGCAGGGAUUCCUCUCUGCUGUACCGGUCCUAGACGACACAGAGCUGAGGGAGGCCAGACAGGCCUUCAACCACCUGGAGAGAGAGUUCGGUGAGGAGUACACCCAGUACAGUCUCCACAACGUGCACCUGCAGUACCCCUGGGUGAUGGGCCUGGCCAAACACCCCCACAUCCUACAGGUGGUACAGUCCAUCCUGGGCUCUGAUGUCAUCUUGCUAGACUCACGCUUCAUCUGCAAGUACCCAACAUCCCCCACACCCCACCCCACAGCCACACAGGCAGGAAAUGAUGCCAUCACUCUGACCAGUGAGGAGGAAGUGAGGUCAUUAGAGACGGACCAACAGAAUGAGACUGGGCUGCCCUUCGUGGCCUGGCACCAGGAUAUGAGGUACUGGGGAAUAGCUGGGGGUCCAGUCCUGUCUGUGUGGCUGGCUCUAGACGACUCACUGGCAGAAAGCGGAGCCCUGAAGGUCAUCCCAGGAAGCCACUGCUCUGGCCUGCUGCCCCACCAACUCGCCUCCCGCCCCGGCAACAUGCUGUCAGUCAACCAGGAGAUCCCUGAGGAGCUGGUGCAAACGGACAGCGCUCUACUCUGCCCCCUGCUGGCUGGGCAGAUGUCUAUCCAUGAUGGGUUCCUGGUCCACGCCAGCGACCCCAACACAUCCCAGAAGAGACGCUGUGGCUUCGUGAUCCGAUACAUCCCUACCUGUGCCUACCCUGUACAGGACCCAGACCGUCCCAGGCAUUUCCAUGCUACUGUGAUGGCCAGUGGAUCAGACCAGUUCAAUCACUUCUCCACCUUGCUGUGAUGAGCCUUACACCACAACUACAACCAUAUCCAUACUGAUCGCAUUACUGUAUUACUGUCUGCUACCUAGAGGAACCUAAUGAUGCUGUAUUCACCUUGAUGACUUACUGCUGUGUUCACCUUGAUGACUUACUGCUGUAUUCACCUUGAUGACUUACUGCUGUAUUCACCUUGAUGACUUACUGCUGUAUUCACUUUGAUGACUUACUGCUGUGUUCACCUGUAUGACUUACUGCUGUGUUCACCUGUAUGACUUACUGCUGUGUUCACCUUGAUGACUUACUGCUGUAUUCACCUUGACGACUUACUGCUGUGUUCACCUGUAUGACUUACUGCUGUGUUCACCUGUAUGACUUACUGCUGUGUUCACCUGUAUGACUUACUGCUGUGUUCACCUGUAUGACUUACUGCUAUAUUCACCUUGAUGACUUACUGCUGUAUUCACCUUGAUGAAUUACUGCUGUAUUCACCUUGAUGACUUUGAUACAAAAUGCUAACCUCCCCUGUUAUUGUAAUGGUGAGAGGUUAGCAUGUCUUGGGGGUAUGAUUUAAAAUGCUAACCUCCCCUGUUAUUGUAAUGGUGAGAGGUUAGCAUGUCUUGGGGGUAUGAUAUACAAUGCUAACCUCCCCUAUUAUUGUAAUGGUGAGAGGUUAGCAUGUCUUGGGGUAUGAUAUCAAAUGCUAACCUCCCCUGUUAUUGUAAUGGUGAGAGGUUAGCAUGUUUUCGCUGUAUGAUUUGUGCAUCUAACUUUCUCCCUCAUCAUGAUUCCCUAUUCAUUCAGGACUAUAUGUAGUCAUGGUAACAUCCAUGUAGAAGUGUGAUGAACCAUACAUUCAAAAUGCUGGAGUACAGAGCCAGAACAACACAGCAUGUGUCACUGUCCCAAUACUGGUGGAGCUCACUGUAUCUGGGUCAGUCUGGGUUGGACUGGGUUGGACUGGAGUCCAUCUCCUGUUUCUGUAGGAUCAACCAGAACGGCCCUUAGGGCAGGAGUCCAUCUCCUGUUUCUGUAGAGUGAACCAGAAUGGCCCAUAGGGCAGGAGUCCAUCUCCUGUUUCUGUAGAGUGAACCAGAACGGCCCAUAGGGCAGGAGUCCAUCUCCUGUUUCUGUAGAGUGAACCAGAACGGCCCAUAGGGCAGGAGUCCAUCUCCUGUUUCUGUAGAGUGAACAAAAAGGCAAGCCACUCUGAACCUGACCUGAGCUGACCUGUUAUUUUAGUGCAUUGAUAAUGAUAAUAAUAACAUGUAUAAAAUGUGAAUGGAGGACAAAUGAAAUGCUGUAUCAACAUGUAACCUAAUGUAUCUGGGACGUCAUGCUUUAUCAGAUCUUAAUGUGUCUUAUUGUGAUUUACGUGUUGAAUAAACCUUCUCACUAUA